CCAUGGUGACAGGGGUCAGUGGGUUUGCGUCUCCGCAGACCUUCUGGGGUGGGGUGGAGGGGCUCAAUGCUCUGUUCCGCGGACAGCGAGGAGGCCUGUGCGUUUCACUUGCAGCCGGUGUCUGACUCCUGAAAACAAGGCAUCCUUCGGCGGGCUUGAUGUGUACAGACAGCUGCUGCAUUUUUUCCCUUUCUUUCUGCAGGGUUGCAAGCAGCAACCAAAGGGAUAUUGAAAUGUAUUUGUAGCAUUUCUUAGGCAUUUCUCCAGAGCUUGAGCACAUUCAGUUGGAAUAAAGCUUCAAGCACAGCCCCCCUUUUGGAAUGGAUUUCUGGAGCUUGUUGCCAUUCAUCAAAGAAACACUCUUCUUUUUCAGAAGUAGGUUUUCAGCUUAACCCUGGCUGAGAAAGACUGCUGUAAAUGAUGAGAGAAGAGACCCUCAGUGGCUCUGGGCAGAAGUUCAUACGCAGAUUUUUUUUUUUUUUUUGGGAGGGGGAGGAACUGCAUUGCCACAAAGACUCUUGUCAUGGCUGCUCUGUUGACUUGAAAAAAAACCUUGGAGAUUGAUAUUUUAUGUUCACCUGGGAAUGAAUAUUUUCUUUUUGGCUAUUUAAGAAUUCCUGCUGCUUUCCAAAUCAAAAUUCAUGAGGAUCCGCUGAAGAUCUUAUUCUUAAAAAUCCUUCGUCACAUUUUAACGCUGCACCGUCAGACACUUUUCCAGGCUCACAGAUGGGCUGAACAGGGAAGAAAAAAACCCUAGCAUAGAAUAAUGGGUUUCAGAAAGUUCAUUUGAAGGAACAGGAUUUACCUCUGGCAUAGAUGUUGAGGGGGGCAGGGGAAGGGGAGGUGAAAAACCAAAGGUUGGAAGGAAAUGUCUGGGAAGGUAGAGAAAGGAAAUUUGAGAAUUGAUUGGCUCUAGAGUGCUGUCAGUGGGUGUAUGUGGUUUUUUUUUUUUCUUCUUCUUUUUUUUUUGCUACAGGAAGUGAUUUGCAGUGCUCACCGAGCCUUUGUUGAGAAGGGUCUCCUCUCGGAGUGAGUCAUGCUUUUGCUGUGAGCAGCCCCAAGCAGCUGGGCGCGCAGCAGAGGAAACUAUGACUUUUGCAAAGCGAACGUACCGCCCUCAGCAGCCGAGUCCGGGGCCGGGGCUGCGCGGCCGCGGCCGUGCGGGGUGUUAGCGGUGGGAGGCCGGCGCCGCUGCUCGCGCCCCCCAGCCUGCUGUCCCGGCCGCUCCGUCCCGCCCCGGGGACCGCGGCUCGCCUGCUAUGCGCGGCAGCCUGCGCCGGGGCCGGCACCUGCAGCGCCCGGGCGGAUGCGGCGAGCCCACGGAGGGGCAUGCUUCCACGCACCAAGUACAACCGCUUCAGGAAUGACUCGGUGACAUCGGUCGAUGACCUUCUGCACAACCUGUCGGUGAGCGGCGGUGGCAAGGUCUCGGCGGCGCGCGCGGCCCCGGCGGCGGCCCCCUACCUGGUGUCCGGAGAAGCGCUGCGCAGGGCGCCCGACGAUGGGCCGGGCAGCCUGGGCCAUCUGCUCCACAAGGUGUCCCACCUGAAACUCUCCAGCUCGGGCCUCCGCGGCCUGUCGGCGGCCAGGGAGCGGGCGGGCGCGCGGCUCUCGGGCAGCUGCAGCGCGCCCAGCCUGGCCGCCCCGGACGGCAGCGCGCCCCCCGGCCCCCGCGCCCCGGCCAUGCGCGCCGCCAGGAAGGGCCGACCCGGCGACGAGCCGCCGCCCCGCGCCCCGCACGCCAGCGACCAGGUGCUGGGGGCCGGAGUCACCUACGUCGUCAAGUAUCUGGGGUGCAUUGAAGUUCUUCGCUCAAUGAGGUCACUUGACUUUAGUACAAGGACACAAAUUACCAGGGAAGCCAUCAGCCGGGUUUGUGAAGCUGUCCCUGGAUCCAAGGGAGCCUUCAGGAAGAGAAAGCCUCCAAGCAAAAUGUUGUCCAGCAUCUUGGGCAAGAGCAACCUCCAGUUUGCAGGCAUGAGCAUUUCCCUGACUAUUUCCACCGCCAGCCUGAACCUGCGGACGCCGGACUCCAAACAGAUUAUAGCGAAUCAUCACAUGCAGUCCAUCUCCUUUGCCUCCGGGGGAGACCCGGACACAACAGACUACGUUGCGUACGUUGCUAAGGACCCUGUUAAUCGCAGAGCUUGUCACAUUCUGGAGUGUUGUGAUGGGCUGGCCCAGGAUGUCAUUGGCUCCAUCGGACAAGCCUUUGAGCUCCGGUUUAAGCAGUAUUUGCAAUGUCCUUCCAAGAUCGCUGCUCUUCAUGACCGAAUGCAGAGUCUAGAUGAGCCGUGGACUGAAGAGGAGAGUGUUGGCUCAGAUCACCCGUAUUACAACAGCGUUCCAAGCAAGACGCCUCCUCCAGGGGGGUUUGCCGAUGCUCGCCUGAAAGCCAGACCCCUCGGUCCUGACACGGCCCAGUUUGCAGGAAAAGAGCAAACUUACUACCAGGGGAGACACUUAGGAGACCCGUUUGGUGAAGACUGGCAGCCUACACCUGUCAGGCAAGGUGAGAGGCAAGGAUCCUUGGACAUCUACAGCAUGCCUGAAGGGAAAUCACACGUGGCUCCUACGGGAGAAGCCCCCACCUAUGUCAAUACCCAGCGUAUCCCCCAGCAGACGGGGCCGGCCACGGGCAGCAGUGCAGAGAGCAGCCCGCGGAAAGACCUCUUUGACAUGAAGCCUUUUGAAGAUGCCCUCAAGAUUCAGUCCUUGGGGCCUGUGUUGAGCAAGGCAGCCUCCAUGGAGUGCAUCAGCCCCGUCUCACCCAGAGCGCCAGAUGCCAAGAUGCUGGAAGAACUGAAAGCAGAGCCUUGGUACCAAGGGGAGAUGAGCAGGAAGGAGGCAGAAGGGCUGCUAAAGAGAGAUGGAGACUUCUUGGUCAGGAAGAGUACCACCAACCCGGGCUCCUUCGUCCUCACUGGCAUGCACAACGGCCAGGCCAAACACUUGCUGCUCGUGGACCCAGAAGGCACGAUCCGGACAAAGGACAGGAUCUUUGACAGUAUCAGUCACCUCAUCAACCACCACCUGGAAAACAGCCUGCCCAUCGUCUCCGCCGGGAGCGAGCUCUGCCUGCAGCAGCCAGUGGAGAGGAACCCGUGACCUGCCAGCUGCCCUGUCCGACACCGCACCUGUGGUCAGGAGGGCUUGGUUCUUCCCAGUAGAUGGAUAUCGGGCCCUGGGAAUGUGGGCAGCUGUCCAUUGGCUCAGAGCUUUGUGCAGAAGCCCCAGGAGGAAGGCUUCCCUAAGAUGCAAGUUUCAUAAACUUGUUCAGAAUUCUCAUUAGCAUAUUAAAGGUGUACAUACCUAUACAUCCUGUACAAAUUAUCCCUCUAUAUUUAUAUUUUUUAAGACUAAGAAAGAUGUAAGACUAAUGUUCUGUGCUGUAUGUUUUUAAUGAAAA